AUCUAGAUUCUAGAGUAGAUAUAUCUAGAUCUACUGCCGGAAAGGUACAAGACAAGAAAAUCAUAAAUUUUUAAAUGGCCUACGACGAGAGAAAAGGAACCCUAAUUUCGGCCUCGUUGGUGGAGUUGAAAGCUGAGCUGUUUCAUAAGCAAGAAGAAUUUAGACUACAAAAAGCAACCAAUAAAGAUUUUAUACGCAGGAGCAAAAAAGAUUCGCUUUCCAAGCACAGUCUGUGGAGUACUCAGAAUCCUGGUGUAUCAAAAAGAGCAAAGAAUGACAAAAAGGACAUUACCAGUAUUGAGGAUGAAGAGAUAUAUAUUAAGUCCAGGAAAAUACUUGAAGAGAAAGCAGAAAUUUAUGAUAAAAUAACCAGCAGUUUGAACAUACCAGAAGAUGAUGGUUCAGAUUAUUAUUUGGUAGAUUUUCAAAAAAAGGCUAUUGAUAAAAUUGUUGAAACAAGGGAUCCUACUGAUCCAAGCGAAGUUUCUCAAAAAAAGAAUGAUAUGGAGAAAUGUGAACCUGAUGGUUUUGGGGAAGAAUGGGUUGAUUUUACUGAUGCUCUUGGAAGAGAAAGAUGUUGCAUGAAGAAAGACUUAACCCAUCUCUUAAAGCAAGGUGAAAAGACAGCUUUAGAACAACAAAAAACAAAUUCAGCUACUCCAAAAAAAGAAAGUGGACCAUUCAUUUCUGACUUGGAUAUAUCAGACAUGCACAGAAAUCUAAUGAGACAAAAAUGGGAAAAUGAAGCCAAUGACUUACUAGAGAAAGCUCAAGAAGACAUUCACUAUUCUAACAUUCAGUUUGAUGAAAUUAGACAACAUGGUGUUGGUUUUUUUCAGUUUUCAAAAGACCAUGUUGAGAGAAACAUAGAAUUAGAUAGGUUAAAGAAAUUUCAUAAACAGACAGUAGAUGAACAGUCCAGAAAAGAGAAAAUUAAGGAUAAAAGAAAAAAUAUGAUGGAAGAAAGAUUAGCAAAGGUCAGGCAAAGAAGGAAUCUGAAAGGGAGGACAUUGGAACAAAAAAAUAUUAAAUUGCAGACUACAGAAGCAGAUACAGAAAAAACAGUAGAUGUGAAAGAAUUAGAAAAAAAAAUACAAAAAGAAAGAGAAAUCCAAGCAUCAGAAGAAAAGAGAAAAAGUUAUGUUAGAGAGUGGGACAAAGAUAAAACAGAUUUCCCCAGAAAGCAAAAUAUUGUCAAGACUUACUUAGAUAUUAGAAGAGAAGAAAGAGAGGCAGAUUUUGCCCCACCCUCGCUAUACUUUGAUAACAUCAAAUGCCCCAAAACUACCAAGAUUGUAAGUGAAGAAAGAAUAAAUAAAGGCAAGCAAUCAUUGAAUCAAUCAACAGAUGUUAACAGUUACAACAAAAAAUGCGAAGAGCAUUUUAACAAAAAAUCAAAGCAAACACUGGAAAAAAAUGCACAAAAUCAAGAUAUAAUAGAAAAUGAACAAAUGUCAAGUUACUUAAAUAACUCUGCAUGUCAUGAAUUAAUAGCAUCAACUCCCCUGAAUCCAAAUUCUAAUCAAAAUACAAUGGUACAGAAUUUACUUCUGUCAGACCCACAAGAAGUUUGUUACAGUGGUUCUGAGUUUUGGUAUGGUUCAAAUUUAGUUGACUGGAACAGACCUAGUUUCUGCAAUGUGCAAGCUGUUGAAAAUAAUCCAGUGUAUUUUCCCCCAUCAACUUGCAGUUCAUCAGCGUUGGAAACACAUAAUCCAGUUGACAUUUCUAAAAUACCACUUGAAGUAGGAAUUAAAAAGUCUGUUCCAAAAAUGUCAAUAAUGGAUACAAGAUAUGUUAAUAAAACUGAUCUAACUUCUGAAAGUGAUAUACAUUUUUUGUCACAAACAGAUGUAAUGCCCGUCCCAUAUAUGCCUGGCAGUUUUACAGCUGCUAAGAAAACACAGUCUCAAAUUGCAUCUGUAUUAAAUAACAGUCAGAUAUCUAGUGGUCCAAUAAAAUAUUUACAGGGAGGAAAUGAUUCAAAAUUUUAAAGAAUUGAAAUAAAAUAAAAAAUUAAUAAAACUAUUACUAGUAAUUCAUCAGUUUUCAACUGAUUAAUAACAGGGCUGGUAAGUAGGUCACCAACCAGUUCUACGGCUCAAUAAAACCCGCAAGUUGGUUGGUAACCUACUUACCAGCCCUCCAUAACACCAAAGAUAUGCUUUGAAGAAACUCUGGCCCCCAAAAUGAUAUUUGAUAGUCAAUGCAGCCCUCGGUCUGAAAAGUUUGGAGACCACUGGGCUAGUGGUGUUUCAUUCAAAGAAGUUUACAGAUGGCAGGGUAUUUAUAAUGUGGAAUAAGGAUGAAUACUUCUGCUACUAGUAAUGCUUGUUGAGAUCGAGGCUUAAAGAUAUGUAAAAAAAAAUUAAUAUAACACUAUGCAGUUUUCAGCCCCCACUAGCAGUUCAACUACUGAGUGUUUUAGAUGCCUGGUAAUAUGUCAUGGAAGUGUGGUAGUUUGAUAAGAAUAUUUUAGGGAUAAUGUAUCAAUAAGAUGAACAGAGAAAAGUGACUGUAAAAAUACAAGAAUCAAUGUAUUGCCUUCUGCACCUGUGAUAAUUUAAAUCAGAAAUGUCAAUUUUUCAACAUUUAAUUUUUUUUUUUAAACUAGAUUCAAUUCUGAGCAUUUUUGUAUACUUAUUUUGCUUAAUUGUUGCUAGUAUUUUUUUUAAGUCAAAGGAAUUUUCAAUUUAUUAGAGUAAUGGCUUAAUUCACCUAUGUAUUUUGCAUAAUUAAGCAAUCUAAAAUUAAGAAAGAGUUAAAGAAAGAUGAUCUAACUGCCACGUAAGAAGUUCCAGGUGCAACUGUCUUGGAACUUAAAAAUUAUUUUGUUUUUAUAGUUUUCACUAUUUCUCAUUUUUCUCAAAAUGUCCCUUUUUUUUCAAAAUAGUAUGGGUUAGGAACAUAAAUCUCAAAAACUACUUGAAGUAUUUCAUUAAAAUUGUACACAGAUGUUUACUAAACAUUGCUUAUGAAGAUAGACUACAAUAAGUUCUGCAUUAUUAAAACUUUAUUUUACAAAAUUAAUGGAUAUAUCUACUCAUUAUUUUUAAACAGAUUUUAAGUCUCACUUUAAAAAGUUAGUUGACAAUACAAUUAUUAUUUUAUUAUUGUUGUAGUCUAAAAUUAGCAAAAUGUUUGUGAAGAUAUGCCAUGCUGGCUAAUACCUUUAUUUAUAUAUUAUUGGUUCCUUACCUCACUGAAUGUUAAAUUUUGAUCUUUUUUUUUACCCUUAAAAAUGCAAUUUUUUUAUUAUAAGAUUAAAUAAAACUAUGAAUUUUGA